CAGACACGGUGACUCGGGCUGGCGUCCCGGCCGCAGGCUCUGGGCCACUCUGUUGGGCAGUUUUCCUCCUUAGGGGAUGCGCCAUCUCCUUGGCCUGCCUGGGCCGCACACACCGUGGCCCCGGCUCCGGCCCCGGCCUUGGGGGCAGCUGGCGGGAGGCUGGUUCUGGGGCCGCCGCCUUCUCCGCCGAGGUGGGGCUGAGGCUCCCUCAGCCCCAAAGAGCUUUGCUUCACGGGUUAGGUACUGACACUCUCUGUAGGAGAACAAAGACGUUGCAAAAAUACGUAUUCGUGCAUGUAAAAAUAGCCGUAACAGGCCCAUCCUGUGCUCUAUGACAGCAUGUUUUUAAUGGAAAAGAACUGUUUUCCUGACCAAGAAAGAUUUAGUGAAAAGUGGCCAUUUCAUCAAAUCUCUGUAACAUCUGCUCAGGCCUACUUCUGUCUCUGCCUGGAACCUGCACCGUGCACUACUUGGGAGAGAGCACAGGCCAGCGGGCAGGUGUCAGGCGGGAAGUCCAAAGCCAAGCCCAACGGGAAGAAGCCCGUCGCCGAGGAGAAGAAGGUGUACCUGGAGCCGGAGUACACCAAGUCCAGGAUCACCGACUUCGGGUUCAAGGAGCUGGUGGUGCUGCCCCGGGAGAUCGACCUCAAUGAGUGGCUGGCCAGCAACACCACGACGUUCUUCCACCACGUCAACCUCCAGUACAGCACCAUCUCAGAGUUCUGCACGGGGGAGGCGUGCCAGACGAUGGCCGUGUGCAACACACAGUACUACUGGUAUGAUGAGCGGGGCAAGAAGGUGAAGUGCACGGCCCCCCAGUACGUCGACUUUGUCAUGAGCUCCGUGCAGAAGCUGGUGACCGACGAGGACGUGUUCCCCACAAAAUACGGCCGCGAGUUCCCCAGCUCCUUCGAGUCCCUGGUGAAGAAGAUCUGCAAGUACCUGUUCCACGUGCUGGCGCACAUCUACUCGUCGCACUUCAAGGAGACCCUGGCGCUCGAGCUGCACGGACACUUGAACACGCUCUACGUGCAUUUCAUCCUCUUUGCCCGCGAGUUCAACCUGCUCGACCCCAAAGAGACGGCGGUCAUGGACGACCUGACGGAGGUGCUGUGCGGCGGCGGCGGCGGCGGCGGGGGCCGCGGGGGCGGGGACGGGGCGGGCGGGGCGGCGGGCGCACAGAACCACGUGAAGGAGAGGUGAGCCCGGCCGCCCGCGUGCGGAGAGGCGGCGCGCGGAGUGUGGGCGCGGGCGCUCUGUGCCGCCGGCACCGAGAACUUUGGGACUCCGCUCGUCUGCUCAGCAGACACUUAGGGACCGCCCCCGUCCAAGUCCCCUUCUGUGGGUCCGUCUCUCCCGGUCUUCUGCGCCUGCCCCGCCACCUGGCUCGGCCUCCGGGGAGACACGCGACAGGCGGGGCUCCUUCCCCCGAGGUGGGGACCGCAGGCUUCGCUUCCACCGUGUUUCGUCUUGGUUAGGGCUGGGGGUGGCCUUCUCCUCCUCUCUCCCGCUUGGUCUGGACCUCGGCUGUUGGUGGCUCAGGGCGGGUGGGGAGGGGGAGGCCGCAGAGCACCGAGCUGCGGCCCUGUCUCCCUGCGCUGCCCCCGCUGCCCAGGAGGGGACCCCUGGGCUGCCCGGCUCGGAUCCCGGUGCCCUGGCGGGCGGCUUGUGCGGAGACGCGGUCGGGGGCAGGGGGAGAGCCUGGCUUCCCUGUGCGGGUGUAAUAAAAAGACUUCUCUCA